AUGGGGAAAACGGCCGUGUGCCUGCAGCACAACGUGCCUGCAGUGGCCCUCUGCCGCUGCAGUGCCGGCCAUGACAAAACUUGGUGCACUCGACCGAGCAGCUGUUGGUACAGCGAUGAUGAAGAUGCCUUCGGUGUAGGAGGUCGCAGCCCUUCUCCCGGGGAUGGGCGCAGCGAGCGACGUCGGGAUGACGACAGAGGUCCGAAGGGUGGCUCGAAGGGCGGAGAUAAAGGUCGUCAAGACCGGAGGCGCACGACUGGUCGAGAAAUUCCGAAGCUUUACUCCAUUCACAAGGGCACCGUGGCUCGAGUGCAAGACUACGGUGCCUUUGUGCGGCUCGGAGAUGGCUCGCGGUACAAGGUACAUCGAGAACAGCCCUCGCUGGCUCCAAAGCUUUCCAUCAAGGCAUCCAAGCAUCGUGACUUGCAAGCAGACAGCUGCGCAUGGUUCUCACGGGCUGAUGCGCAGCACGCAUGCGAGCUGUUAGCUGCGACCUGUGCUUACAUCGCCAAGAAAAACGGCAUCCGGACCGUGAUGUUUGCUCAAGGCCGCUCUGGAGCCGCACGAGGUGAUGGAGGUCAUGACCGGGGCUCCUUUCAGCUUGGCCCCUUGGAGGGUGGACUCUCUGCGCUGAAGGCUUUCACCAACAGGCUUGCCAAUCUCACAAACAAGCGCGGAAAGUUGGUGGAUGAGCUUGAGCUGGCGCAGAAGAAGCUUGCUUUGAGCCAUGCUUCCGCGGAAGAGAUCCGGCGAACGCUUGAAGAAGAAGUGGAGAACGAGCGGCAAGCAAAGCUGCUCAUAAGCAGGCAGUUCCUUCAGGCAACAUCCAGCUAUGAGAAGCUGAGCGAUCUUUUGGAGUUUGAACAGAUGAAGUCGUCGGAACAGUACAAGGACUUGCAGGCAAGGCUGGAGAAAGCCAUUAUAGAACACGGGAAGUCCCAAUGUGCUGCCGACGAGUUCCAGAAGAAGAUCGUGAAGCUAGACAAGCAGUGUCAGCAGCUGCAGCAAGAGAACGAGCAGUUGAAGCUCCAACUCCUGAAGGCAGGUAAUGUCAAUAAUGCCUUGAAGAAACAAAUCGCGAAGCAGGACGCCUUGAUUGAAGAGCUGAUGAGUCUUCAACACGCAUCACAGGAAGAGAGCCUUCAACUUCGGAAGGAGAACCUCACGUUGAAGAAGCGGCUUGAAGUGGCCGAGAGAGCUGGAAAGAGAUGCUGUUUGCGCGAUGGCCUGCUACAUAUUUCGCGGCUCUCGGCUUCUGGCCGAGUCGAAGCAGUGGCAGAUGUGUUGGCACAGGAUGACGCAGUUUGGGUGAAGGUUGUGGAAGUGAGGGAGGAGGAGGGAAAGUUCAGUCUCGACAUGCGCUUUGUUGGCCAGAGAGAUGGUGAAGACCAGGAUCCUAACAACGUGCAGGCGGAUGCUGGAAAAGGCAAGGGCCAGGGCAAAUCUGCUCCGGAGCCGAUUCGCAUCGGUGCGAUCCAGGCCACAACAUGCUCGCGCUGUGGUGCACGUGGGCAUUCGGCCAGAGAGUGCUGGGCUGGAGGAGGCAAGCAGUACGACUUGGUCGAGGAGGGACCGGAGGCGUCCGGAAAGGCGGGCGGCAGAGGAUUGGAAGAUGCUGCUGGUGGACAUGAUGCCGCAACCGUGAAAAAGGCCCUCCAAGAAUACUUCAAGAGGAAAGCUGCGGGGGAAGACUCCUCGUCCAGUUCCUCGUCUAGCGACAAGAAGAAAAAGAAGAAGAAGAAAAAGGAGAAGAAGAAAGAGAAGAAAGAAAAGAAGAAGAGAAAGAAGGAGAAAAAGAAAGACAAGUCUGCUGCGAAGGAGGCCAUGUGGGGCCUAGUGUUUGAGCAAGUGUGA